AUGAAUAGAGGCGCAUUACUAACUCUCAAUUUUCUGUUUUACGACAUUUCUUUAAACACUAUGGCAUCCGAUGUUCUUAUACAACCUGCAUCAUCUGUAUUUGCUGCAACAGAAUCGGCCUCGAACUUAGUAACUAACAAAAAUGACGAUAAUCAAAUAGAAUCAAUUAAUCAUUUUCAUCAACAACAACAGCAACAUCAGAAUAAUAAUCGACCAAGUAAUAAAUAUAUUGGACAUGUAAGCCGGUUAAGAAAUGCUUUUACGCAAUAUGCAUCAACAACGACAGGCGAACAUCGUUCACGCGCAUACUAUCCAGUUGAAAAUAUUAGUAGAACUGGUAGAUCAUUAUUAGAUACACCAGUUUCACCGAUAUCCACUGCGCCCACAUCUCCUACGAGUGUUUUAGAUGAGGUUUUUCCAUCUCAUCGUGCUGAAAGUCCUCCAUUGCUAACAUCGGCAUUAAUCAAUCAAUUUGAAAGAAGCAGAAGUUUAUCAAAUUCACGUUUAAUCGAUUCAACAACAACAGAUAAUAUACAAUCAUCGAUAUCUGUACGUAGCGGAAGUUCAACUGUAAUUGCAAAUGAAGCAAUAACACAACCGAUAUCAACAACCACAGAAGAUCAUACUAUUCGAUUUCGUUUGGCAAAAGAAUUUUUUCAACAACAAGAAGAGACAACAAAAGCAUCGACGACAAAAUCUUCCACUCGUCAACAACAAGUAUCACCCGUAUUUUAUAAUAGUAACGAUAAUCCAAUAGAUGAAUCAUUCCGAAAUCAACAUUAUAUUCGAAAUGAUUUCAAUCAUUCUCCUGAUAUAACUCAAAUAAAUAAUCAUGAUCAACAUCUUACGAGCAAUGAGCAUGUCACUAAUGAUAAACAUAUUACUGAUAAAGAAUUGAGACAACAAAAUCACUUAUUAGUAUUGAAUGCAAAGCAUGAUGACAAAUUAAUUGUGAAAGACAGUGACGAAAACAAAAGACCUCAUAAUCAUCAAGAAAGUGAUAUAGCAUCUUCUCAAACUGUUACUCGUACUCGUGAUAUACCCGUCGAAUUUGUUGAUCAUCAUCAUCAUUGGAAACCGUCUUUGGUGGUAACUGAUUUGGAUAAUUAUUUGAAAAAUCGUCCUUCAAUACAAAAUUCGCCAUUUGAUUCGUCGUUUACAAUAAUUCCUGUCAAUGUUGCGUCGUCUUCACCAUUACCCAAUGCUACAAUAUUGAAUACUGAUACUCAAGUUGAUUAUAGUAUUAUGUCUCAUCAACAAAAACUAAAUAGUAAUAAUAAUAGUUUGUCAUUUGAAUCAAAUCAUUAUGAUUUUCCAAAAUCGGAUUCAAGUUUAAAACGGAUGAGCGGAAGUGAUUUUCCGGCAACGUUUCCUGCUGAUGCUGUUGAGUUAAAACAUCAACGGGAAAUGGAAAAGCAAGAGGAAUUAACGCUUGUCGAUGAUAAACAUGAUUCACUAGUACACAACAGUAUAGAACCACCAAAAUUGCUGCCAUCAAAUAUUUUUAAACGAAUGGAUCAUUUAAAUACAGUAUUUAUAAAACCAACAACAAUUGAUAAAGAUUUCCAUUUUAACAAAAAAAACGAGAGUUCUGUUAUAGACGAAGAAAAAAACCCACAAAUUCCACAAUUAUUACAAGUGGAAGAAAACAAUAUUCAAGAAAAUGAUGAGGAUAUGCGCUUGAAUGUUUAUAAUAAAGUUAUCUAUGAGAGGGAGAAAAAUGAAGAUGAUGAUAAUCGAUGGAUUGAUAAUCCAAUGUUAAAUAAUGUUUAUUCUCUACAUGAUGAUCUGUCUGCAUCACCACUUGUUUAUUAUGAAAUACCAGGAUUACCUGAAAUGCCAGACGAUGAACAUUUAUAUCCAACUAUAGUUUCAAAAACAGCAAAACGUGUAAAAUUUAGUGUUGCACCGAUUCGAGUAUAUCCAACCUAUUCAGUAAAUGAAUAUGAUCGACGAAACGAUGAGAUUGAUCCAUUCUCAGCCUCAGCUGAGUACGAACUAGAAAAACGGAUUGAAAAAAUGGAUGUAUUUACUGUCUAUAUCGAGAAAGGACCUGAUGGUUUGGGUAUAAGUGUGUUGGGCAUGGGUGUCGGUGCUGAUUCUGGUCUAGAAAAAUUGGGAAUCUUUGUUAAGUCUCUGAAUCCAAAUGGUGUUAUUGCACGUGAUGGAAGAAUAAAAGUUGGAGAUCAGAUAAUAGAAGUUGAUAAUCAUAGUUUAGUUGGUGUCACUCACAUAUUUGCCACCGGAAUUCUAAAAGCCACAGUAGGCUCUGUCAGAUUUUUGAUUGGACGAGAAAAAGAUCCGGAGAACUCUGAAGUCUUACGAUUAAUUCAUCAAUCGUUACAAAUGGAUCGCCAAAGAAGUGAAUUACAACGAGUUUUACAUCAGCAUGAACAUUAUGGACCUCCACCGAUGGACUAUGGUGAUGAUGGUUUUCCAAAUAUUGAAUUAAAUGAUGAUAUUGUACAAGAUAAUGAAGAUUUUUUAAAGGAUGUAGUGUCGUCAAAACAACAGUCAUCUAUGGAAAAACAGACCGAAACAACUGCUGAUCAUUCGAAUGUGGAAGCAAUACAAGAACAAGAAGAAAAUUACGAGAUAACGUCAUCCUGUCAUCAGUCGCCCUAUCCACAGACAACACUUGUGGCAACAUCAUCACAGACGUUUGAACAAUCAUCAGCAAACAGCGAACAAUUGGUAAAUUUGAAAAAAUGUAUUGAAACACUACAAUCAACGCUUGACGAUAUGGGUAAAGAAAAAAACUAUUAUCAACAAUUGUAUCAUGAAACUGUUCAAGAAUUAGAGCAUGUCGAAGAAAAAUAUAUGAAAGCUAAAAAGCUCAUCAAAGAAUACCAGGAUAGAGAAAUUGAGUUAAAUAAUGAACAAUCACAAUAUGUAGAAACAAUUGAACAACAACGAAAACAUAUUGCUGAACUAACGAAAAAAGUUGAAGAUAUCGAAAAUUUAAUGUUAGCUGCUACACCAACAAAUAUAAAUGGAUUCUCCCCUUCAAAAGAAAUCAGACAAAAUUCAUUAACGAGAAAAUUACCACCUGUUCCUGAUGAAAAACCAGAAAUACCAGAACGAAUUCCAUUACUCGGUCGAUCUCGAACAUCCUCUGGUCAAAUUCCUGAACGUCCUUCCAGUCGAACAACUGUAUCACCUGCUGAAAAUCAAUCUGUGAAUGCAUCACCAAAGAUUUCGUCAUCGUUAGAAAAAAUUACUAAAAAUGAUGAAAAUCCAUGGAAUAUGCGUUCUAACUCUUAUGAUAUACAAAAUUUAAAAACGUCAACAAAGUUUGAUUUUGAGGUUGGUCGAAGUCCAUUAUUAAAUAAUAGUAUCCAAAUGACUAAGAGUCAAAUAGCAAAAAAUCGUCCAAAAAAUCCGCCAACGAAACGUGCAUCACACUCACUGGAUAUAGAAAAAAGUAUCAAUGGCAAUGACGAACAUGAAAUUCAAAAUGGACUAAAACAAAAUAACAAUAAUUUAAAAUACAACGUUUUAUCUACACUGGUCGCUAAACCAUCACCGACAAUUUCUAAUGCUUCAAAACAACAUCUAGUUGAAUUAACAACAACAGGCGAAGUUAGUAAGAACGACGCUAACAAUUCGACUUCAAAGCAUAUUAUUGGCAAACAAUCAUUAAAUUUUGAUCAACCUGUUAAAGAUUGGACAUCAGAUCAAUGUAUUCAAUGGUUGUCAUCUGUUGGUAUGAAUACAUUUAUUCCAUUAUUUUUAAAUCGAAAUAUUGAUGGAGAAAAAUUGCUCACAUUAGAUGGUACAAAAUUAAAGGCCAUUGGUAUUAAAUCAAGCAAAGAUCGUGACCAUUUAAAACAAAAACUGAAAGAAUUAAAACACAAUGAUUAUUUUAAACAACAAACAGUUACAUCUUAUCCUGUUCUUCAGCAGCCUCAAAAUAGAAUGCGAUCAUCAAGUCUUACAAAACUAAAAGAAAGAAGACUCUUUGGUUCCAGCGGGGGAAAAUAG